AUGUUGUUCCCGUCCACGAAAAAAGACAACAAAGAGCACGUAGAAAACUAUCGACCAAUUUCGCUUCUUUCGCUUAUCUCGAAAGCAUUGGAAAGAUGCGUGUUCAAUAAGAUCAAAGACCACGUUUUCGAGCUCAUUGAAGUCUUCGAGUAUAUUGGUCGUGAGUCGGAUCUUGGGAAACAAGUUGAAGUGAUCUACUUGGAUAUGUCCAAGGCGUUUGAUCGAAUAAGUCACAUGCAACUGUUGAAACGACUUCGUGAUUUUGGAUUCGGUGGCAAUACUCUUAACUGGUUUAGAUUUUACCUCAAGGAACGUCGCCAGCAGACUACAGUACUUGGUGCAACAUCAUCAGCACUACCAGUAACCUCCGGAGUUCCCCAAGGCUCAAUCCUUGGACCGCUACUGUUCUUAUUAUAUCAGAAUAAUCUCCCCAACUCCAUCAACCACUCGAAGAUCGCGACGUUUGCUGACGACACAAAGAUUUACAAGGUGAUAAACGCUAAGGCUGAUGCAUCCGCUAUGGAGAAUGAUCUUGCGAAUUUCCAAACCUCCUCUGCCAAUGCUAAUCUUCCCCUCAACACAGAUAUAUGUAAGACACUUCGAAUUACUAGAAAACGCAACAAAAUCGACCAUAGUUACAAGUUGCAAGAUUCCGCUCUGAAAACCACAGAUUACGAACUUGACCUUGGCGUCUGGACCUCCUCCACCCUCACAUGGUCGAUACAAGUCCUCCACCAAUGCGCCCAAGCCAACAAAUCCCUCGGGUAUAUUCCACGGUCCACGAUCAAAAUCAAGACUAUCUCUGUUUGUCGGACUCUAUAUCGUACCCUCGUUCGUUCCCACCUCGCAUACGCGUCCCAAGUUUGGGCUCCACAAACUGUUGACCUCAUUAAGCGUACAGAACGCGUCCAACUACGUGCGUCGAAGUACAUAUUGAACCCACCGUUCUUCUGUGACAUCAACUAUAACCAUCGUAUCUCAACGUUAAAUCUACUACCUCUGUGUUACUGGCACGAGUACCUAGACAUAUUGUUCCUUUUCAAAUCACACCAUGACAUUAUUAACCUAAGCAGCGACAUACUACCACACCCUACCCACACCGUACCCGAUCUACAAACCCUAACCCACACCGUACCCGAUCUACACACCCUAACCGAUCUAACACCCACACCGUACCCGAUCUACAAACCCUAACUGCCUACAAUUUCAGACUUCAGCAUGCAAAACAUCUACCUAUCAAAAAUCAUAUCUAAUAAGGACUACUAGAGUCUGGAACACACUGCCAAUGGAUUAAACUAUUAAUAGCAUGGCAACUUUAAAGGACUUUAAAAACAAGAUAUUAAUCUAUUAUAAAACAGCACUAGAUAAAUGUUAUGACGUUGACGAUCCACGAACAUGGAAAUCGGUUUGCUUAAAAUGCAACCAAGCUCGCGACCUGACAAGGCCGAUAACGUGUUGUUUUUAGAUUUAGUUUUGAGAAGCACCUUUUCACAUUGGUAUCUAUGGGGCCUAUUCAGGGUUUUGCUGAAGGUUUAGGAUUGUGAGGGUUUCAAACGUCUUCUGACUCAGUCAGCUUCCAAAAAUGGAAAUGGUUCUGCGGGUCGCAAUGUGAAAAGUUGCAUCUGAUAAUUCGUUAGUAAUUGAUUCUUUCUAUGUACGUAUAUAGUGUAUUUGUUUAACAUUUAGGGAUCGCAGUAAUUGGCGCAAGCUGUUGCGAUUGCCCUGCCAGUUUUUUGUGUUAACGUUGUUUAAAUCUGGCAAAGUUAAUAAAUAAAUAAAUAAAUAAAUAGUUGUCACGUGAUUAAAUUUGUAAACAAAUCAUGAAAUGCGGACAAUGAGCAAUUAAACAUUGUUGCCACAAAACGUUGUGCUUGGGGCACUUGUAGGAAUGAUUCUAUAGAUACCCACAUUUAUUAAUUUAACAAAGAAUGAAAAAGGAGAUGAAGUCCGCUUUUAUCGUUUUCCUGCUCCUAAAAGAUGGAAAGUAUCAGCAGAAAAGAGAAAACGGUGGAUUGAAGCAUGUCAUCGGGGCGAUUCCUUUGUAUGCGGAAAAGACAGCUAUAUUUGCAAUCUACACUUCACUGAUCAGAAUGGACCUACACCAGAAAAUCCUGAUCCACAAUCAGCUACAGCAAGUAGAGCGGAAAAGGUAGGUAAUGAUUUUUUUCUCGCAUCUUUUUGUAAACAUUCACUCAACUACAUUUGUUCUACGUGUUAAUAGGUAAAGCGAUUGAAUCGGAAACGUAAAGCUUCAUGAACGUAGAUACUACAAAAAUUAAAAGUCGAAGACACGCAAAAGGUGCAGUGGAAGCGCUGUUAGACCUUCAUAAGUCGUUUAUGAAAUCAAAAUCUUUGGCAGAUGAGGAAAAGAUGGCUAUUGAAGGUCCCGUGAAUCUUAGGCUGACCAGUGAAUCUCCAGUGCCAAAAGCCAAUACAACAGAUACAAAAUCUAUUGCUAGUAUACAGACUCCCAGUUUAGAAGUUUGUGAAGUUGACAAUCUGUCUGCUGACAAAGCCAAACAAAAUAAACAAGAUGUUUGUGUACAG